CAGGUGGCUUGUUCGGCCUCUCUCUCAAGUUAGUUUGGUUAGGUACCUAAAAGUCAGCAUGCGUGGUAAGGUACCCAAGGAAACAUACCAUCUUGCAUGUUCGCAGCCAUUUGACGGACCUCGCACUUCCUCUCAUCAUUAGACUCAUCCAGUUAGUCGACACUGACACCCUUGGUACAUAGAGGGCGCAAACGACGCAAUUGUCAUGUCGUCGUGUGCGAUCGGAUGAUUUGGCCUCCUCACUCUUCUCUGCCUCUAUUACCCCCUCGCCGCGGCUCGUCAUCUAGCCGUUCAUACGUCCAAACGUUUCUCCCAAAGCGGCCUCCCUCCGCAAUCCCCAUCCCUGGAUGGGCAUCGCUUGCGCCUGACGGCUGCAUCCAGUUCCGCCCUGCGCAGAACCAUUCAUCUUUAUUCAUCAAUACUGUCGCAGUCGCUGCCAAAAAGCUGACCGACCCUCAACUUUCAACGGCAUCCUGCCGUCUGCAAUGGUAUGCACCCGUCCGAACCGUCCUCGAGGACAGUGGGACCAGGUCCAUAAGUACUGAAAUCUCUCCAGGCUCCUCGAGCAGGCACGGCCACAGUCUCCUCUCUCAUCACCCCUGUAAUUGUUGCGCGGCAAGCGACAACGACCAUCGUUCAACCGUCUGGUCCAACUUGCUCAGGACAAUACUCAGGGGGAACUCUUGCGGGCGCAAUCCUGGGCACUUUCUUCGGAACACUGCUCAUCAUCUACCUUUUCAACACCAUUCUAAACAAUCCGCACCGCGUCCGACGUGAAGAGGUCAUCACUGAACGGAAAGUCCGAAGUAAUGGCAGUCGCCGCCGCCGCAGCCGUAGUGGCAGUCUGUCCAGUGUCAGGCGGCCCAGUCGGGUGUAUUCGACAAGAGAUUGACGGGACGCUCAAAAUCAUAAGAGGAUAUGCGCCAUGAGACCAAGUCGCUGGAAGAGCUUGGUGUUGACGAGGGCACGAAUGGUUUGGGUCAUACGGAAGAUACUAGGAGGGUGUGUUUGUUUGCGCGUGGCGCACGGAGCAUGAGAUGCUCUCGGCUCAUCUGUGCGACGAUGCCGCCAGAGACCGUCAUGAUGAUUACGGAUGCUGGACGCCCUUUUCAUUUUUGCUUGAAGAUGCCAUGAGCGAUUUCUGUUACUCAUUUUGUAUAUAUCCCAUGUAUCAAGAGCACGGGUCUAGUUGGGCGACGAGAGUGAUGAUUCCUUGGAGAUUCCUGAUGCCUCUGAGAUGGCCUGACACUGGAUCAAAACAUUGACUAGCAUUCCAUUUCCUCUUCAGAUAUCUCUACUCUGUUUGCUCGAAUUGACGCGAUAU